GACCGUCCCCUCCCGGGAUCGCCACACGCUCGGAUCACCGCCGUUGCUGGGCCUGUGCAGUCUCCCCUCCAGCACUUCCAACACAGGACCGCCAACUGUUGGACGGUGUGCUGCCAGACGAGCAUUACAAAAUAUUUCAUUUCUUGAACAGCCAGAAAAAGCCAUCCUGUCACUAUUUUUCAAGACCUUUCUCAUCUGACCCCUGACCUGAUGACUCCCCAGCAGUGUGGUAAGAGGUCAAGCAGAAUCGACAUGUCUGGGGCUGCGGAAGCGAUCUUCAGAGCCAGCGACCGUCGUCCUGCCGGCGGCAGCCCUGUGCUAUGCUUUGGACAGUGCCAGUACACGGCAGAGGAGUACCAGGCCAUUCAGAGCGCGCUGCGGCGGAGGCUGGGCCCGGAAUACAUCAGCAGCCGCACGGCUGGAGGAGGCCAGAAGGUGUGUUACAUUGAGGGUCACAGGGUAAUUAGUCUGGCCAACGAGAUGUUUGGUUACAAUGGCUGGGCACACUCCGUCACACAGCAGAACGUGGAUUUUGUCGACCUCAACAACGGCAAGUUCUACGUGGGAGUCUGUGCGUUUGUGAGGGUGCAGUUGAAGGACGGCUGCUAUCACGAAGACGUGGGCUACGGCGUCAGCGAGGGCCUCAAGUCCAAGGCGCUGUCUCUGGAGAAGGCGAGGAAGGAGGCGGUGACGGACGGGCUGAAGCGCGCCCUCCGGAGUUUCGGGAACGCGCUCGGGAACUGCAUCCUGGACAAAGACUACCUGAGGUCACUGAACAAGCUCCCGCGCCAGUUGCCUCUGGAAGUGGAUUUAACUAAAGCAAAGAGACAAGAUUUUGAACCCUCUGUGGAACAGGCAAGAUACAACAGCUGUCACCCAAACAGGGUGCUGGGACACCCAAAACCACAGGAAGUGACGUCCCCUUGCAGACCUUGCCACCCGGAUGAUCCCCACAUUGUGAUACAGGAGGAGAAGGGCUGCAGCCCCCGACACCUGACCUCGGCCACUGCGGAGGACGACGCCACUUACCAGCGGAAGCUCCGGCAAAAGCAGCUGCAGCAGCAGUUCCGGGAGCAAAUGGAGAGACAGCAGCAAGUUCGGAUAUCUCCUCCAUCAGCUGAAGAGAAGAGUGCGGAGAAUCUUGAAGAUAAUCCUGAAAUGUGGGAUCUGACUCCAGAUGGAUUGGACAGUGCUAUCAAGCCCUUGUUUGGAGCAGAACCACCCCAGACAUCUGAGACACUCGCAUCAAACAACAAGACGGUGAUCCCGAACAGGACCCCGCACGACCUUUGCCACCAGAAACCACAAGCAAAAUCUGGACCCCGGCAACCCCAAACGUACGGCACUGAGCAGCAUGUAACAGGUAACUGGGAAUCUCUUAAGAAGAGCCAGGACACGAAGAAAAGGAAAUUGGAUCCAUCUUAACCGAGGCUCAGCCUACAUCACUGGACUCUUGCCACAAAAGGACUUUGGAAAACGACUUUUUGGUCGUGAUGUUGGUCGUUAUUACUGGGGAAUGAACUUAAUUUCUAAGGAUUUAUUUUGCUUAUUCUGAACCUUAUCAGAGGAUUUGACUGAGUCUACUGUAGAUAGAGCUGAGCGCCUUCAGGAAGCUUGUCACACACUGCCGGGGGGAGGCACUGGACAGACGAAAUACCUUUUCUUUGGCUCUUGUGGCUUUCCACUAUUUAUUUCUAAGCUAUUAUGUUAAUAAAGGUAGGACAUUUUGGGACUCACCACGGGCUGCCUGCCACCAAGCAAGAGAGGCCAGACUUGGUACUAAGCAUGAGCUUUAACAAUUGCCUACAUUAAAUUGUUUGGAGUAAUCUGCUUCCUUUCCUUUCGGGUCUCCAUGCUUUUAAUGUUGUCCACCUGAGUACUGUACCUCAUGACAGGAACGGGGGCAGCAGUGCUUUUUACUGCUUGCAUGCAUCCAGGCUGCAGUCUUCAUCUGCUAUUUAACAUAAUCUCUAAUUUAUGGGUUUACGACAUCAUAAUCCUACAUUAUUUCAAGACCAACAUUUUUUCCUAAGCAAGGAAAUAAUGAUCUAAGACCAAGGAAAAGGCAUUUUGAGAAGCAAAUCCUCUACUUUUUAACAAAAUGGAAAAUAUCUUAC